AUGGGUCAAACCCUUUCCGAGCCCGUUGUCGAAAAGCAUUCGGGCAGCGGACAAGAUGAUCGCAUCUUCUACGGAAUCUCAUGCAUGCAGGGAUGGCGCAUCAGCAUGGAGGAUGCCCAUGCGACUAUCCUCGACCUGCAACCCCUCGAAGGCGAAGACUUGAAGCCUGCCGCAUCUGAUGUGCGCAUCAGCUUUUUCGGUGUCUAUGACGGUCACGGUGGAGACAAGGUCGCCCUCUACACUGGCGAAAAUCUGCACAAGAUCAUCGCAAAGCAGGAGGCCUUCAAGAACAAGGACUUCGAACAAGCCCUCAAGGACGGUUUCCUCGCCAUUGACAGAGCCAUCCUCAGCGGUUCGUCAGCCUGCGCGCAAGCGCUUGCCAGCCCAACUGUUCUCGGUGUCAAGGGCAGAGCGAAGCCUCUCUCCUUCGACCACAAGCCCCAGAACGAGGGUGCGUCAAUCUGCGCCGCUGGUGGCUUCGUCGACUUCGGUCGUGUCAAUGGCAACCUCGCCCUUUCCCGUGCCAUCGGUGACUUCGAGUUCAAGAAGAGCGCCGACCUGCCUCCUGAGCAGCAAAUCGUCACUGCCUACCCCGACGUGACCGUUCACGACCUCUGCGACGACGACGAGUUUGUCGUGCUUGCAUGUGACGGUAUCUGGGACUGCCAGUCUUCGCAAGCCGUUAUCGAAUUCGUCCGCCGUGGAAUUGCAGCAAAGCAGGAGCUGUCUGCCAUCUGUGAAAACAUGAUGGACAACUGCCUGGCCUCGAACAGCGAGACGGGUGGUGUUGGCUGCGACAACAUGACUAUUUCGGUUGUUGCUCUGCUUAACGGCAAGACCAAGGAAGAGUGGUACCAAAUGAUUGCGGACAGAGUCGCAAACGGUGACGGACCCUGCGCACCCCCAGAGUACGCCUCUCCGGUGACGAGCCCUUCUCUAAUACGAAUUGCCAUGUACANNGCCGAGUUCAAGGGACCUGGUGUGCACCACCGCUUUGACAACGACAGCCCGGACGAGUACGACAUGGAUAUGGAGCAACGUUCGCGCAUGCUUAGUGGGCACCCCGGUCGCGUCAUUCUGCUUGGUGAUGGCACAGAAAUCAUGACGGAUUCUGGAGAGAACGACACGGAUAUGUUUGACCAGAGUGACGACGAGGAGAAAGACCUCGCCAGCCAGGUCAGCAAGGGACAAGAGGAUGGCAAGAACGGAUCGCAAGAACAGGGCAAGCAGGGCACCGGUGAGACGUCAACACCCGCAGAGCCCAAGAUGGGCGGUGUUCAAGACUCGGCAUGA